CAAAAUAUGGAAUACUAGCUAUAGAAAUGACUAUAACCAAAAAUAGAACGUGAGGUAUGUAUUUUUUAUCCUGAAAUUAUCACGAGAACGAAGCCAGGGGAGCAGCUGGUAUAUAUAAUAUAUCUCAUAAUUUCAUCUACGAAGAUAUUCUUCUAUGCGUUUUAUUCCUAUGUGCCGUAUUUACGACAUUUAGAAGUGCUGUGAAGAGUGGAGGCAGAGCAAAUCAAAUAAACAGUCAUUAGCGUGUAAGUAAACGAAACGGCGUACUGCAGUAAAAACGCGUAUUAUAUUGUGGAAUAUUGCAUUAUGAGGAAAUUCCAAUAUAUCGCGUUACUUUUAAGGCUUCUUUUUGGAAUGGGUAAUUCAGCACGAGAUUUAUCAAACCAUCGAGCGUGGGGCCUGCUGCAUCAAUUUGAAUGUGGGGACAGCGCUGCCGACCGCAUCAUCGGGGGGGCCAAUGCUUCCCUGGGGCAGUUCCCGUGGAUAGCCAGGCUGGCAUACUCAUAUCCAGAUUCUUCGAUAGACUGGUUAUGCGGAGGCGCCAUCGUGACCGACCGGUACGUCCUUACGGCCGCCCACUGCAUCGGCACGCCGGAAGAUGAACACAAAUUAGAAUACGUGCGACUCGGCGAGCACGAUGUCCGCACGGACCCCGACUGUGUCCUGGACGUCUGCGCGCCGAAGGUCCAAGACGUGAAAGUGAAGAGAACCAUCAUCCAUCCUCAGUUUAACAACCCGGAGUUCCACAACGACCUCGCUAUUAUCGAGCUGGAGAAGCCUGUCAAAUUGAAUAAUUAUGUGGCACCGAUUUGCCUUCCUAGUACUCCAGAGCAAACGAGCACACUAAAGUUGGGAGAAAUGGUGACCGUCGCGGGUUGGGGCAAGACCAAUAUAACGACACAGGAACGCGCUAAAAUCCUCCAGACAGUUAAAAUACCAGUUCUAGAGAAGAAAAAAUGCAGCACGUUUGGAGCGUCAUUCACUAUGGGCGAUAACGAAAUCUGCGCGGGCGCUCAACUCAACAAAGAUGCCUGCGCGGGAGACUCCGGCGGGCCGCUCAUGAAGACAUUUGAUACUGUAGAAGGACCCAAGAACUUCUUAAUAGGUGUCGUGUCAUUCGGACCCGUGUUAUGUGGAAGUGUAAACCCAGGCGUAUACACCAAUCUAGCGCAAUUCAUGGGCUGGAUCUUGGACACUAUCAAAAGUUUUAGUAAAAGAAUAAUAUUUAUUAUUAUUAAAAUUUAUAAAGCAUACAUUGCUUACACAGUGGUCUACACGAUGAAAAAUCCAUUGAUACAAAAGAAUAUUCUACCGGAUAUAAUAACAUGCGGCCCCCUCUCCGAAGAAGACAGGAUAGUAGGCGGGGAUGUGGCGGCUCUGGAUGAGUUUCCUUGGCUCGUGCGCAUCAAGUAUGGCCUAAAAAAUGGGAAAGAAGUAUUUGCCUGCGCAGGAUCCUUAAUUACAAGUCGUUAUAUUGUUACUGCAGCCCAUUGCGUUGUUAACAAUCUGACAAUAACGAGUGUAAGAUUAGGCGAGAUAAAUGAUGAAGACGAUUGCAGAAGAGUACCAUGUCAGCCCGCGGAUGUGCAAGUCGAUAAAGUGAUUCCAUUUCCGAGAUACAAUAGUGAAAGCCUGUACAGAAACGACAUUGCAUUACUGCGGCUUGAGAAAGACGUUGAUUUUACUGAUUAUAUUCGUCCCGUGUGUUUACCAAUAUCCGAGACGGCUGCGAAACAAGACUACGUCCCCGACAGCGUCUACUGGACAGCCGGAUGGGGGCAGACUGAGUCUGAGAAAAAAUCCUCGCUCAAACGAAAGGUGGCCUUGGAAGCCGUGUCUAUGACACAUUGUCAGACGGUCGAAAAUAUAUCGAGUGAAGCAGCGUCCUACGUCAUAUGCGCCGGGGGGAAACCGGGCAAAGACUCUUGCAAUGGGGACUCCGGGGGUUCCCUCGUCAAGCAGAUUCAUGACAAUACUUCCGCCAACUGGUUCCUCUUCGGAAUCACCAGCUACGGGUAUAAAGAGUGCGGCACACGAGGCAGACCCGGACUUUACACAAGAGUCACGCGGUACAUGGACUGGAUUCUACACAAUAUUGCUUCGAAUACUUAAAAAUACUUCUAUUCUCUAGAAUGCAUUAUGGAAAACCAAGAAAAAAAUAUCCUUUUUUAAUACGUGAUUUAUUGACUAGGUAUAUUAAGUGUUUUGACAUAAUAAAAAGAAUACGUAUA